CAAUUCACACAACAAAAACUGACAGCCAAUUAAAAUGUUUGUUUUGUUUGUGCAUUUUUUAUUUUUUCAAAAAUCGAUAAUUAUAUUACCACUUAAUAGAUUUCCAUAAAGUACAUACUACUUUUGCCUGUAAUGAAUUAGCUUUAAAUUGAAAAAAAAAUGUCUGCACGAUACUUUUACCGUGAUGAUAGUUUACCCUCCUCCGAUUCGGACUCGGAUUAUCAAGAAGUACAAUAUUCAUCGAGUAGUAUCGACAGAAGUAGCAUAGGUUCAAUUCCUUGGGCUGACGAUGCUAUCAAACAAAACCAAUUAGAUUGGGAGAAAGUUGAAAGAAUGUUUCGUGGGGAACAAGACUUGUCAGAAGCCGAACCUGAACUUAGAAAUGAAAUUCUUGAAUGGCAUAAAAAGUUCCCCAAUAUUCUACGCUCUCAGAAUCCUCCUCUGGGAAUUGAUAAACUUUCUAGUCUCAGUUUUACAUCUGAUGAUUAUAGAGACUAUGACGAUGGUGAUGACGAGGAUGACGAACCCGAAGAUGGUACUGUCACUCCAACAAACGAAGGUCCUAGUUCCUUAUUAUACCAACCAAAACAUUCAGCAAAGUCUCUAGAACCACUGCCGACCAAACAAAUAAUCGCACAUGAAAAGCUCAUAAGUAUGCUUGCGAAUGACCUCAAAAUAAGUUCUAUUCCCAUGGCUGUAAGACGACUGGGAAAUGUUGCUCCACUUGAUUUAAAACUAAGUGGUCAUAGAGCGCCAAUUACACGAAAAGAUAAUAAUGCACAUUCUGUUCCUAAAUUCACACGCCAAUUCGAUAGUAGUUCGGGAAGUAAUCCUGAGCAGAGUUUAUCGAGAAAUGGAUCAAGUUCAGCUACAAUGGCUAGAAUGCCACCAAUUUUGAAAGUUAUCGAAGCAAAGCAUAACUUUCAAGAAGCCUAUACAAAACAUAAAAGCUUUGUUCAAUUAACUGCUCCGAAUCAAGCACAAUCGGCAGCUGUAACGACAAGACGCAGACGAUGGUUUCCCCAAGGAGCAGGUCUCAAUAGCCAAAUCAAUAAAAAUAAUAUUAUUUUGCCAGCGAUAAACUUGCAUAGAGUUCAUGAAAUAGCUCCUCCGCUGGGUGGACGAUCAAUUUCGGCUGCAUUCAAUAAUCGGCAGAUGAGCUGGUCUUAUUUGCCUUACAGUGCUGCUAAAUUUAAAAUACACAAAUAGGCGUGAUAGCUGCUUUUUUGUUUGUUGGUAAACUAUUUUU